CCCAUCCGGGAGUACAUCAUGGGCCACGUGCGGCACCAUAGGAAUGUGAAGAAGAUCAAAGGGAACCUGCUGUGGUACCAGCACCUCGAGGAGAUUCAGCGAGGGGCGGGGUCAAGCCCUUAUAUGGAAGUGCGCGAGGCCUUGGAGCAGGUGAGGGCGGAGCUUAAAGUGAUGGGCGGGGCCGUGGGCGAGGCCGGGGAAGCGGUGCUGGAGCUGGAAGAGGCACUGGGGGCGGAGCUUAACAGCCAGGGGGCGGAGCGUCGCCGAGGGUCGGAGCUUCGCGCCCUGGGGGUGGAGGCGGUGCAGGAGGGGCUGCGGAGGGAGGGGGCCCAGAUAAGCUCCGCCCACCCGAAGGGAUACCCCAAAAUCAGCCCUGACCUUGACCCCAACCCUGACGCUCAGCCCCCUAUGAAGACCCUCAUCCAGGACUGCUGGGUGGAUGUGGGGGGACUCUGGGACCUCAUCCACUCCUUGGCCUCCCGCCUGUCCCCCCUGAGGCUCCGGCUCCUCCAGCUGCAGGAGGAGAUCCAGCAGCACCUGGAGGGGGACCCCAAAGCCCAGCAGGCUGCCAGGUUGACGCUGGAGGCUGCGGGGCUCUCAGGGGCUCAGGAGGCCCUGAUCCAGCAGGUCCAGGAUCUACGGGGCAGCCCCAUGGACUCCCCAGAAGCUGCCCUGGGGCCACUGAGGAGGCAGCUGCAGGAGGGGAAGCAGCGGCUGUCCCGCUGCUGGAUCCAGCUCCGGGCUCUGGCCCCAUCCAAUGAGAAGCUCCGGGCUCAGCUGUGCCCCCUGUAGGCCCAGGCCCGAGGAGCUGUGCGGCUCCCCCCAGGGCUGCAGGGGGAAGGGCAGCGGCUGCAGGAAGCGCUGAGCAUGCUGGGAAAGGAGAGGGUGCCCCUCCCCCCAAGCCUCGCCCACAGCCCACUGCAGCCAAUCAGAUGUGCCCUAGGAAUGGCAGAGAGUGAGCCCGCACAGGGGGCGCUGUUCAUGGUGGCAGAGCUGCAGGGGGAGCUGGAGCAGCUGCAGGAGGUGAGGUCAGCACAAGGGGCGUGGUCAGCGCAAGGGGCGGGACCCGAGAAGCCCUGCCCACCCCGCGCACCCGCGGAGGGCGUGGCCAUGGCCGAGCUCCUCCCCCAGCUGCAGGCGCUGUCCAUUCGGGUCCAGCAGUGCCUCGAGGGUCCUGGCACAGCACCAU